GUUUACACACGCCUACACACCCGCCUGUAAAGUUGACGUGGUCUAAACAUAUCUUGCGGCGGUUUACUGCUUAUCUACUGUUAGUUUCAGAGUUUGUCGUCCUUAAAUCGUUACUGUAUGUACUAGGUUUCUCCCACAUGAACGUCAACUAGAGUACCUGCAGAAAUAUCGCCCAGGUGAGGCCAUAUUCUUGGCGGUAGUAGCGACGACUGAGCCCGAAACAGAGGAGUCGCCUGGUCCGGUCGGUUUGUGCAGUGGGUCCGGAUCCCGGACAGAAUCCACCAUGGUGUCUGUUGAGCUGGGGUUCACGCUAGGGUACAUCCUGGUGUGUCUGUGCUUCGUGGCACCUCCAUCAGAGUUCAGGGCUGCUGGAAUAACGGUUCAGAAUAUUCUAGCUGGCUGGCUUGGCAGUGAGGACCUGCACUUUAUCUACUAUCACGUCAAGAGGACGGCAGCCACUACCCUCAUACAUGCAGCUCUACCCCUGGGUUACUAUGUAGGGUUGAGCAUCGUAUCCCCUCAUCUACAACUAUGGGACUUCGCACUGGCUCCUACCCCUGCCUUGGUCUACUUUGCAGUUUUUAGCACCAUCUUCUGUGGCGUUGUCGUGAUGAACUAUAUCUGGUCACGUAAGGGAUGGGAGAGACAUCCCAUAGUCGCACGACUGAAGAGUCUUGGAGGAAACUCCUGGCGAGCGACCGCUUCCAACAUCAACGUAGAGUUCCGCAGGAUCGACAAGUUCUCAUCUGGAAUCGGGGGUACGCGGUUGUACAUCACGGAUUCGUGGAUCUUGAAGAGUGGACCGUACAACGUCGACAUAGCACACCAAGCAAAUGUCCAUCUGCACGUGAUCAGGACGGAAGAUCAUGUGAUCUCGCAUGAGACUGGCACCUCUAUUCAGUAUCUGAGAAUAGCAGUCAAACAGCUAUCCCAAGGGGGCAAAACGUUCACGAUUCGGUUAAACUCCACUGAGUAUGGGGACCUAAAGAAUAAACUAAGUGCACCGAUACAUGCUGCGAGAGAUGUGGUCAUACGGCAGUCUUUGUCAGACAUGUUCUUGGAAGCGUUCCGUGAGCAAGUCUCCCAAAACCCCCAUUACACCCUCCCUGAGGAUGCCCCUCCCACCGAGCCCUGUAUAGGCUGUAUGCAGACUCAGUCUAACAUCAAGCUAGUAAAGCAUUGUGAGGAGGGUGAUCAUGGGGAAUGUGUGCAGUGUUACUGUAGGCCCAUGUGGUGUUUGGAGUGUAUGGGAAAGUGGUUCUCUAGUAGGCAGGAUCAGUCCCACCCUGAGAGGUGGUUGGCUGGUGAUUCACCAUGUCCAACAUGUCGGGCUAAGUUCUGUAUGCUGGAUGUUUGUUUCAUAGCUUGAUAAGAUAUGAAUAUCAGGGAAGAUAAUUGUACUAUAUGCUGUAACUUGCCAAAGUUUCUUGGGGCAUACAUUUGCUUGUGAUUGAAUUGAUUAUGAAAAUGGAUCUGUGGCAGUCCUUUGGGGAGUGACUAAAUCAACAAGGCUGGACCUCAGACUAGUUCUGUUAUUUUGUGGGGUCUUUCUUUGCGGUAUGACGUAUUUGCAUUUAGCACAUGCAUGUAAUAGACAAGAAUUAUUCUUUUAUCAUAAAGCUGGGAAGCAAACUAAAGAUUAUGUUGAUGUAAGACAUGCAUAAGAUUAUGCUGAUGUAUGAUGCAAGUCUCUGUAAGAUAUGAAAGUAAAAGAGUCUGUUGGUAUGUCUGAUGCCCUGAAUCAGGGAGGUACACUUCAAUUCAGAAAAUGCAUUGAAUGAAAAAUUUGUUGGGGAGCACUUUUGCCCCAACAAGAAGAAUAUGCUCCCCCCUACCUGAAAUAGCACAGUCCUGGAAUGUCAUCUUUCAUUUCUAGCCCAUCUUGUGUUAGAAGGAAUAAAGACAGAUAUUGUUUCUUUGUAAUUAUGCACUUGUCAUAUAGAUUUUGUGUAUGCAAAUAUGCAUACUGUACUCUAUCACUUCAGCUGGAAGUUUUAAAAUCACUCAAUAAAAUUAAGGAAAAAACUUCAUUGAUACCAUGUGGAGACUUGUCUUUUUUGUGUUGUGUGUUGAUUAUGUUUAAAACUGAAGUUUGAAAGUAUUGUGGUUAGGUAAAAACAGUUGUUCAAGAGUUGAAGUUAUGCCAGAAGAUCUUGGAUCUCUUGUAAACAUUGAUGAUAACUUUGGCUUGCAAGCCUAAAUCCAUUGUAUCAAAAACAUUCACACAAUCGCGACUGAAGUUUUAGAAAAAAACAUCAAGUAUGUUUGU